CGCGGGGGGCGCCUGCGCAGUGCGGCGGGAGGCGGCGGUCUGUUCUCCGCUGAGGAGGAGCGGGGCAGAGGAGGGAGGCAGCGGGUGAGAGUUCAGAGUUCAGCAGCAGCAGCCCGAGCCCAUGAUUCCCAUAUGCCCUGUAGUUUCUUUCACCUAUGUGCCCAGCCGGCUGGGGGAAGAUGCCAAAAUGGCGACCGGCAACUACUUUGGAUUCACCCACAGCGGGGCGGCGGCGGCGGCGGCUGCGGCCCAGUAUAGCCAGCAGCCAGCUUCGGGUGUAGCCUAUUCUCAUCCAACUACAGUUGCUAGCUACACUGUCCAUCAGGCUCCAGUAGCUGCUCACACAGUUACUGCUGCCUAUGCACCAGCAGCUGCCACAGUUGCAGUUGCCAGACCUGCUCCAGUAGCUGUUGCAGCUGCUGCAACAGCUGCUGCUUAUGGAGGCUACCCCACUGCACACACAGCAACGGAUUAUGGUUAUACCCAGAGGCAACAAGAAGCACCACCACCACCACCCCCAGCUACUACACAGAACUACCAGGACUCGUACUCAUAUGUAAGAUCCACAGCUCCUGCUGUAGCUUAUGAUAGUAAGCAGUACUACCAACAGCCAACAGCAACUGCUGCUGCUGUAGCUGCUGCUGCCCAGCCUCAGCCUUCUGUUGCUGAAACCUACUAUCAGACAGCCCCCAAAGCAGGUUAUAGCCAAGGUGCAACUCAGUAUACACAAGCCCAGCAAACUCGACAAGUGACAGCCAUAAAACCAGCCACACCAAGUCCAGCUACCACUACUUUCUCCAUUUAUCCUGUAUCUUCCACCGUACAGCCAGUAGCAGCUGCAGCUACUGUGGUGCCAUCCUAUACCCAGAGUGCUACUUACAGUACCACGGCAGUUACUUAUUCUGGUACAUCUUAUUCAGGUUAUGAAGCAGCAGUGUAUUCAGCUGCAUCCUCCUACUACCAACAGCAGCAGCAGCAACAGAAGCAGGCAGCAGCAGCAGCUGCUGCUGCUGCUGCAACAGCUGCCUGGACAGGGACCACCUUUACUAAAAAAGCACCAUUCCAAAAUAAACAACUGAAACCAAAACAGCCUCCCAAACCACCCCAGAUUCACUAUUGUGAUGUUUGUAAGAUCAGCUGUGCUGGACCACAGACUUACAAAGAACAUUUAGAAGGACAGAAACAUAAAAAAAAAGAAGCCGCAUUGAAAGCCUCACAAAAUACCAGCAGCAGCAGCAACUCUACUCGUGGGACUCAAAAUCAGCUCCGUUGUGAGCUCUGCGAUGUGUCUUGUACAGGAGCAGAUGCAUAUGCUGCCCACAUUCGUGGUGCGAAGCAUCAGAAAGUGGUUAAAUUACACACAAAACUUGGUAAACCCAUUCCUUCAACAGAACCAAACGUCGUUAGUCAAGCUACUUCUUCAACAGCUGUGUCUGCUUCAAAACCGACUGCCUCUCCUUCCAGCAUUGCAGCAAGCAAUUGUACUGUGAACACUUCAUCGAUUGCAACAUCUUCAGUGAAAGGUCUUACAACUCCAGGAAACUCGUCUCUUAAUAGCACAUCUAACACUAAAGUAUCAGCAGUGCCUACAAAUAUGGCUGCUAAGAAGACAUCUACACCCAAAAUAAACUUUGUGGGUGGUAAUAAGCUGCAAUCAACAGGAAAUAAAACAGAAGAUUUAAAAGGAACCGAAUGUGUUAAAAGCACUCCUGUCACUUCUGUACAGAUUCCAGAAGUAAAGUCAGACACAGUGUCAGAACCAGUCACACCUGCAUCUCUUGCUGCUUUGCAGAGUGAUGUGCAACCAGUGGGCCAUGACUACGUGGAAGAGGUACGAAAUGAUGAAGGAAAAGUAAUUCGAUUCCAUUGUAAAUUAUGUGAGUGCAGCUUUAAUGAUCCCAAUGCUAAAGAGAUGCACUUAAAAGGGCGAAGACACAGACUUCAAUAUAAAAAAAAAGUCAAUCCAGAUUUGCAAGUGGAAGUAAAGCCCAGUAUUCGAGCAAGAAAGAUUCAAGAAGAAAAAAUGAGGAAACAAAUGCAAAAAGAGGAGUAUUGGCGAAGACGAGAAGAAGAAGAACGCUGGAGAAUGGAAAUGAGACGUUACGAAGAGGACAUGUACUGGAGAAGAAUGGAGGAAGAACAGCAUCAUUGGGAUGAUCGCCGCCGAAUGCCUGAUGGUGGCUAUCCUCAUGGUCCCCCAGGUCCAUUAGGACUUCUGGGAGUCCGACCAGGCAUGCCUCCUCAGCCGCAGGGACCUGCACCCUUACGUCGUCCUGACUCAUCAGAUGACCGUUAUGUGAUGACAAAACAUGCAACCAUUUAUCCAACUGAAGAGGAAUUACAGGCAGUUCAGAAAAUCGUUUCCAUCACUGAGCGUGCUUUAAAACUUGUUUCAGAUAGUUUGUCUGAACAUGAGAAGAGCAAGAGCAAAGAGGGAGAUGAUAAGAAAGAGGGAGGUAAAGACAGAGCUUUAAAAGGAGUUUUGCGAGUGGGAGUAUUGGCAAAAGGAUUACUGCUCCGAGGAGAUAGAAAUGUCAACCUUGUUUUGCUGUGCUCAGAGAAACCUUCCAAGACAUUAUUAAGCCGUAUUGCAGAAAAUCUACCCAAACAACUUGCUGUUAUAAGUCCCGAGAAGUAUGACAUAAAGUGUGCUGUGUCCGAAGCGGCAAUAAUUUUGAAUUCGUGUGUGGAACCCAAAAUGCAAGUCACUAUCACCCUGACAUCUCCAAUUAUUCGAGAAGAGAACAUGAGGGAAGGAGAUGUAACCUCGGGUAUGGUGAAAGACCCACCGGACGUCUUGGACAGGCAAAAAUGCCUUGACGCUCUGGCUGCUCUACGCCACGCUAAGUGGUUCCAGGCUAGAGCUAAUGGUCUGCAGUCCUGUGUGAUUAUCAUACGUAUUCUCCGGGACCUAUGUCAGCGAGUUCCAACUUGGUCUGAUUUUCCAAGCUGGGCUAUGGAGUUACUAGUAGAGAAAGCAAUCAGUAGUGCUUCUAGUCCUCAGAGCCCUGGAGAUGCACUGAGAAGAGUUUUUGAGUGCAUUUCUUCAGGGAUUAUUCUUAAAGGUAGUCCUGGACUUCUGGAUCCUUGUGAGAAGGAUCCCUUUGAUACCUUGGCAACAAUGACUGACCAGCAGCGUGAAGACAUCACAUCCAGUGCACAGUUUGCAUUGAGACUCCUUGCAUUCCGCCAGAUACACAAAGUUCUAGGCAUGGAUCCAUUACCCCAAAUGAGCCAACGUUUUAACAUCCACAACAACAGGAAACGAAGAAGGGAUAGCGAUGGAGUUGAUGGAUUUGAAGCUGAAGGGAAAAAAGACAAAAAAGAUUAUGAUAACUUUUAAAAAGUUUCUGUAAAUCUGCAGUGUUAAAACAACAGGUGCCCAUUUGUUGGCUUUUUCAUUCAUAAUAAUGUCUACUUUGAAAACAUUUAUCAAGAAUUUAAAGAAUUUCAUGGAAGAACCAAGUUUUUCUAUGACAUUAAAAUCUUAAUGUACAGUGUUAGGUAUUAUAUGAAUGGAAAGAUACCACCCUUCCCACCCCCCUCACCCCCUAUCCCCCAAAAACUGUGCUCCAACUAGGGGGAAAACAAUGGUUCAGAUUUUUUUCCCCAUUAUUUUGCUUUUAUUUACUGGUUGCCCUAGUUCCCCCUAUUUUUUGUGUCUUUUAUUAACUAGUCUUAUUAAAUCUUUACUGUAUUUAAUGCAGUAUUUGUGCUUCAGUUGCUAUGUGUAUUUUGAGAUUUUUAUUUAGAGGUUUGGUUUGUUUUUUGACACUAGUUGUUACUUUGUGUUAUAGAUGAUAUCCUUUGCCCCUUAAUAUUUUACAGCAGUACGUUUUUUUGUAACGUGAGACUGCAGAUUUUUUUUUCUUUCAUUUUGUUAUUCUAUGUGAUGGAUUUCAACACAAAAAGUUAUCCUGCCAUUUAAGUGCUCAGAACUGAAUGUUUCUGCAGAUCUUGUGGCAUUUGUCUCUCUAGUGUGAUAUAUAAAAGUGUAAUUAAGACAGAUUUCUGUUAAUCUAAUCAAGUUUGCUGUUAGUUGUGCAUUAGCAGUAUAAAAGCUAAUAUAUACUAUAUGGUCUUGCAACAGUUUUAAAGCCUCUACAUAAUUAAUAAAAUGCAUGACAUUUUUGUUUUUAAUAGACUUUUAAAAUUAUAAUUUUAGGUUUGACACGUAGAUCUUUGUACAGUUGACUUUUUGACAUAGCAAGGCCAAAAAUAACUUUCUGAAUAUUUUUUUCUUCUGCAUAAGUGGAAAGGGCAUUUUUCAUACUAUAAGUGGGCUAACCAAUAUUUUGAAAAGAACUUUAUCAUUGUGCAACUAACAACAGUAACUAGCCCUUAAUUAUGAUGACAGUCUUUAUUGGUGUGUGUGAGAUUACUCUAGCAAUUAUUACAGUAUAACACAGUUGAAUGAGUCCUUCCCCCUCCGCCCCACACCCCAUCACCCAGAUAAUUUACAGUUCUAUUAACAGUGAGAUUGAUAAAGUAUUACUGAUAAAAAAUUAAGAUUAUCUAAGGGGAAAAAAAACAAUUAUUUGGUGUGGCCAUCUUACAUGCUUAUGUGUCCUACAAAAAGCUAAAUAUUCUAGCAGCGGUGUAAUGAAAAGUUACAUCUUACUGUUGAUGUAUGUAUGCUCUGGUACACAGAUGUCAUUUUGUUGUCACAGCACUACAGUGAAAUACACAAAUAAAAACUUAAAUUCAUGUAAUGA